AAGGAAACUUGCAAACAGUUUCUUAUUGUACACGAAACCGUCGCCAAAAAUACAACGUCUAAACUAUAUAAAAAGAACUAUCUUACUUUUGUUCAAGGUAAAUAAAAUAUACAGGCAUGGACCUUAUCAUUGAUGUGCAAAAAUUGCACGCCGAUUCUAAUUGGUCGAACGGCAAUAUUAAUUAUAAUAAUUUCUUUCAUCCAAAUAUUUGUCACAUUUGCAAAAGUAAUAAUUAUGGUAAUUUGAUAAAAUGCAACAAGUGUUAUAUGAUUUCUUACUGUAGUGAGAAACAUAAACAGAAAGAUUUAGAACAACACGAGCAAUUUUGCGCAUAUAUAAUGGAAUACUUAGAAUGGGACAAUAGCACGGAAUUGCUCCUUCGUCAUUUCGGAACGUUCGAAUGGACUGAGUCAAGAAAAAAGUUUUUGAGUGAAAUCACGCAACGGCUACCACGUCGUCUGGAGCCGUACGAAAUGCAAAUGAUUAUUUUCGCAAAAUCGUGUCGUAUUUGUCAUCAACAAAUUAAUAUAUAUCCCUGUGAAGAGUGUUAUUCCGACAACUUUUGCAUUGUUCAUAUGCAAGAUUUUGUAAAAAAUCACGCAUCAAAAUGUGAAAAGUUGUUGUUAGGUCUCAAUCUGGAUAUCUUAAAUAUCAUACCUACAGAAUUUAAACGAUUAAUUGAAUUUCCUAAUCAAUCGAAACCUCCCGGUGACAUGUACGAAUUUGUUAACAAUUGUGUGCACUGUUCUUAUAGGGACUUGGACAAUUGUAACCGAGUUUUUACAAAAUUCGCAUAUUUCUGUUCCGAUUAUGUAUCAGGACCAUUCACGUUAUUCGAUGGGAUGAGAAAAGCACAGUUAUAUCGUCUUCCAAAUAUGGCAGGACCUCAAUUUGUUAUUCACGUAAUAUCAGCAAUCUCGAAAAUAAAUAUAUGAAGGCUUGGGAACUUCUCCAUCAUCUUUUAUUGUGGAUAAAGGAGUUAACAGUUGUUGAUAGGAGAAGAAUUAGAAACUCAAGAUAUAAAUUUGGAAAGUUGUGACAGCUGCAAGUCCCGAAAUCAAAAGAUUAAAGUUGUGUGUCGUCCUGGAUCUUACCACGGCUACACGACUGAUCCAACGUUUCAACAACCAAAUGUGAUCAUAAUAUUUCGAGCACAUUUGGAUUCAACAAGCGUAUGGCAAGUACGUAGCUUAUUGAUAUCACAGAAUAUGAGAUGUCCAUAUAUUCUAACAGCCGAAUCGCAAACUAUAGCGGUAGAAAACGUAAAUAACAUACGAAAGAUUAUAUAUAUAAAUCCUGUAUAUGAUGGACCAAAUAAUUUCAAGUCCCUUUAUCCAUGCAGACAGUGGCAUACUGAUCGUGUGAGUUAUCGUAAUUCGUAUAUAACUGUGUAUCGGAAUUUACAUUCGUCAUAAAAACCAUUCUAAACGAUUUCAAGCUCUCUUAUGCGAUUUCCAUAUCACUCGUAUUAUUGUAAAUAAUAUAAAAAAUAUU